AUGUCCAUUUAUGCUUUCAUAGGUGGUAAGCCAGGCGAUACACCCAAGGAUAGUAUGAAAGAAACCGGGAAUGACGCCGUAUACAGCCCCAGCGGCAGCAGCAACAUUGUAAGGGCAGAUAUCGUAGCCUGCGGUUUCACAUUUCAGGCAUUAGUCAUCAAGAAGUGCAACAGGAGCAGCGAAGAGAGUGCUCCCAAAGCUUUCAUGUAUAAAAGAGACAACAAAUGA